CGCCGCGGUUAAACAUCACGAAGAAGAAGGAGAGCGAACUCAUCUAAAACCGGGGACUCUAACGCAUCACCGCCGAUUGUAGAGAAACAGCCAAGAUGGAGGACAGCUCUUCAAAACACAUGCCCGAAAACCUGGACGACCCCCCGAACAGCCGUUUGUUCGUGGUCACCAGUCGGUGUGUAACAGAAGAUGACCUCCGGGAGAGGUUCAACAAAUAUGGGGACAUUCAGGGCAUCUGGCUGCUUAAGGACAAGCAGACAAAGGAGCCCAAAGGCGUCUCCUAUGUGAAGUACGCCAAAUCUUCCCAGGCCUGCAUGGCCAUGGAGGAUAUGCACGGAAAGGUGCUGCUGGAGGGGACCAAACCGAUAAAGGUGUUUAUUGCACAGUCGAGGUCGUCAGCGAAGCACAGAGACGUUGAGGAUGAAGAGCUGACCAGGAUCUUCGUCAUGAUCCCCAAAACCUUCACAGAGGAGGACCUCAAAAACACCUUCAGAGAGUAUGGAGAUAUAGAAUACUGCGACCUCAUCAGAAACAAGCUGACAGGCGAAAGCAAAGGCCUGGGCUACGUGCGCUACUACAAGCCUUCUCAAGCCGCCCUCGCCAUUGAGAACUGUGACAAAUCUUACAGAGCCAUCCUGGCUGAGCCUCGAAGUAAAAACAACUACUCUGAAGAUGCAGGAGCAUCCAGGGGAGGGGGAGAGUACGGCUAUGUCGACUCCUUUAGCCAGCACACCUUCCCCACAUCAGCUGAUCAGGGAGGCCAUAUGGUAGUGGACUACCGUCAUGGCGACAUCACUCGCUCCCUGAUCCUGAACACGCGGGCUGCCCUCACCCAGGAGCAGAUCUUUGCUCUGUUCGACCUUAUUCCUGGGAUGGAGUACUGCGAGCUCCUCAGAGACUCCUACUGUCUGACCAAAGGGCCUCUGGGCUACGCUCUGAUUCGCUACAACAAUCUGGGAUCAUCAGUUUAUGCCAAGGAGAAGCUGAACGGCUUUGAGUAUCCGCCUGGAAACAGACUUCAAGUAACUUUCUACGACGAUGGAGAGAGCCCUGCAGGUCGGAUGGCCUCUCAGGUGGUCACAGCUCAGAUCAUGUCUACGGUCUGGAACGGCGCCUCCUGCGGGCAGGCGGUCAAAUCGCCUGGCUACUCGUUGUCUCGGAUCCAGGUGGACUUCAGCCUGCCUUCCCUGAAGAAGCUCGCUCCGUCCGACAGUAAAACCAAGGAGCGGCUGUUUGUCGUUUUCAACCCCUCCCCCCUGCCGCUCAACGUGCUGGAGGACGUGUUCUGUCGCUUUGGUUCUCUGAUCGAGGUCCAUUUGGUUCCAGGAAGGAACGUUGGAUACGUUAAGUACGCCGACAGACAGUGUGCAGAGGAGGCCAAGGCCUUGCUCCACGGUCGGAUCGUCAAUGGGGUGAAGAUGAAGGUGAUGCUGGCUGAUCCUCCGCGGGAGGAGUCCCACAAACGCCCCCGUACCUACUAGGAGACGGGUUACUGUUGUCAUAACAGACAGACACCUGACCUGACAGACCGACAGACAGCAACAUCUUCUCCUGACCUCUGACCCGACCUUUUUCUGACUCCAGUCUGAGAACGGAUUUUUCUUUCCUUGUUUGUUUUAUCCACUUUAAAACCAUUUUUGAAGUUUAAACAGUAGCUGAUGUGGUUCAGAUGAUGAGCGUUUUUUUUUUCAGACUAUAAGCAUUUUAUUCGCCUCCUGUCUGAAAUGUAAACCCAUACUGAGCUCAUUAAAUGUUCUUUGGACUGCUCCUUCGUUUUCUUAAUAAAAGUACCUCAAGCGCU